AUGGAGUCACCAGUUUUCAGUGACGGUGUUCACCUUGCUGCAUACAGACCCAGUCUUCCUCUGUCAGUGACAAAUAAAAAGGAAACUCCUGGAGGGUUUGAGGAGUCUGGCUGCUACCAGUGUUACGGUGAUGGAAGCAGUAUUGCUUCCCAUGGAUCUGCUCAACCUGGAUAUGAGACUUUGGACGCACCACCACACUAUGACUUCUAUGCCAACACAGGGGUUUGGGGCCGGCGGAGGCGCUUCAGACCAUCUCUGUACGAGCUGCAUGCAAACUUUGAGAAUGACGCCAAACCUCCCAUAUAUGAGGAGACAACAGCUGGACGGAUGGAAGGAGGAAACAGCUCUAGGGAAGAUGAAGAAGAGCAGAAGGAGCCACCAUCUGAGCCCACUCGCUUUGGCUGGGUGCAGGGGGUUAGCAAGCUUCUUAAUGACUUUUUUCAGAUCCGCUGCAUGUUAAAUAUCUGGGGGGUGAUCUUGUUCCUGAGGCUGCCUUGGAUCACUGCUCAGGCUGGUAUAGGUCUGACCUGGGUGAUUAUCCUACUGUCCUCUUGUAUUACUGGGAUCACUGGUCUCUCCACCUCAGCAAUCGCUACCAACGGGAAAGUCAAAGGAGGUGGCACUUACUUCCUGAUCAGUCGCAGCCUUGGUCCAGAAUUAGGUGGCUCCAUCGGUCUGAUUUUUGCUUUUGCCAACGCUGUGGCUGUUGCCAUGCACACUGUGGGCUUUGCUGAGACUGUUGUAGACCUCAUGCAAGAACACGAAGCUGUCAUUGUGGACAGAACCAAUGACAUCCGCAUCAUCGGCAUCAUCACUGUCACAUGUCUACUGGGCAUCUCUAUGGCUGGCAUGUCCUGGGAGUCAAAGACUCAGGUUCUGUUCUUCCUGGUCAUCCUGGUGUCUUUUGCCAGUUACAUAGUGGGAACAAUCAUCCCUGCCUCACCAGAGAAACAAGCCAAGGGUUUCUUCAGCUACAGAGCUGAUAUCUUUGCUACCAAUUUUGUGCCAAAGUGGCAAGGACCAGAUGGAAGCUUCUUUGGUAUGUUCUCGAUUUUCUUCCCCUCUGCCACAGGCAUCCUGGCAGGAGCUAAUAUCUCUGGAGACCUGAAGAAUCCCGCAGUGGCCAUCCCUAAAGGAACAUUAAUGGCAAUAUUCUGGACCACCAUCUCCUACCUUAUAAUCAGUUCAACCAUUGCAUCUUGUGUGGUUCGAGAGGCGUCUGGUCUGUUGAAUGACACACUGUCACUGACCUCCAGCAAUGACUGUGUUAGUGUAGCUUGUGAUUAUGGAUGGGACUUCACCCAGUGUAUCAACAAUAAAACCUGCACCUACGGCAUCAGUAACUACUAUCAGUCGAUGAGCAUGGUGUCAGCCUUCGCCCCUCUCAUCACUGCUGGUAUAUUUGGAGCAACACUUUCCUCUGCUUUAGCCUGUCUGGUGUCUGCCCCCAAAGUGUUCCAGUGUCUGUGCAAGGACAAACUCUACCCUCUAAUUGGCUUCUUUGGCAAAGGUUAUGGAAAGAACGAUGAGCCGCUCAGAAGCUACCUGCUGACAUACAUAAUUGCUGCCUGCUUCAUUAUCAUUG